AAAAAAGGAAUUGAUUCAAUAAAAAGUAAACUUCCUGCGAUAAAAAAAAAGAACGGAGGUAUAAGAUUAAUGAAAAGUUAUAACAAAUUUCUCAAAUGAAUUACUCAAAAAAAAAAAAAAAAAAAAAAUUUCUCAAAUGAACAGAAAUUGUGCAGAAAUGAACAUAGUAAAGACAAUCGGAGUGGUGGGAGCCGGCCAAAUGGGCGCCGGAAUCGCCCAGCUCGCCGCCGUUAAUGGCUUCGACGUUUGGCUUUUGGAUUUGGACCCUAUUUCUCUUUCUCGGGCUACCAAAUCUAUCACCAAUUCUCUCCAACGUUUUCUUUCCAAAGGCCAAAUUUCCCAGGCUGUCAUGAGUGAUGCACUGAAACGCCUACACUGUACCAUGAGUUUGGAGGAUUUUGGUUCUGCAGAUUUUGUAAUUGAAGCAAUUGCUGAAUCAGAAGUAGCUAAGAGAAAGCUAUUUGUUGAGCUGGACAAGAUAACCAAAUCUUCUGCCAUCUUAGCAUCAAACACCAGUUCAAUAUCCAUUACACGACUUGCUUCUGCAACAAGUCGACCAUCCCAGGUCAUUGGCAUGCAUUUCAUGAAUCCUCCUCCUAUAAUGGAAUUGGUUGAGAUUAUAAGAGGUGCAGACACAUCAGUUGAGGCUUUCAAUGCAACCAAAACUUUGGCAGAGAGGUUUGGUAAAACAGUGGUAUGCUCUAAGGAUUAUUCAGGAUUCAUUGUAAACCGAAUCUUAAUGCCAAUGAUAAAUGAAGCAUUUUUCACUUUAUAUACCGGGGUGGCAACCAAGGAAGACAUUGAUGCAGGAAUGAAACUUGGGACAAACCAGCCAAUGGGUCCACUGGAGCUUGCAGAUUUUAUUGGCUUGGAUGUUUGCCUGUCAAUACUCAAAGUUCUUCAUGGAGGUCUUGGUGACACUAAGUAUUCCCCUUGCCCUCUUCUAGUUCAAUAUGUUGAUGCUGGCCGUCUUGGGAAAAAGUCUGGUGUUGGGGUGUAUGAUUACCGUGAUGCAUCAAAAUCUUCCAAGCAUGCAGCAAAACUUUGAUGUCUAUGUUGUCAGAUAAUGAGCCCCAGAAAGGGAAGCCGAAGGAAAAGACAGAGAAGCCAAAGGAAAAAAAAGACGGUAAAGCUGAAGUUGCACCUGCAGCAGCAGCCGCACCAGCAGCGCCUGCAGCACCUGCUGCACCUGCAGCAGAGAAGAAGGAUAGUUAAUUGUAAUGUUCUAGCUAAUCAGUUGGCUUUAAAUCUAUGAGAUAAAGGCAAUGUGUAAGUGAUUUAAUGUGAAAUGCAGGUGCAAAUUGCUCCUACUUUGCUGAAACUUCAAAUAUAUGUAUCUUCCCCUUGCCCCCUCCUAUGCAUUAGAUUUUCUGGAAUCUGUUUUCUGUGAAUCCUUGCUUCUGAGACAUGAGAUUCUCAGCUUUCAGAUCUUGUUGCUAGGUCCAUGAUUUAGCAUAGUACAGAUCUGAUAGGCUAUAAUUCUUAUAUGUAUGUAUGGUUGAGUUCCACUAGAUUGACGCUCUUGCAACGUUAUGACUGUCAGUU